AUGGCGGUAUUGGGAUUUCGCACCCGACUUCCGCCAAAGACAGGAUCGAAGGAUUGGAGAUUUGAGAUCGAGAAUUUAAAGAUAUUGAAGUUCGUGGCGUAUGAAAUACUCUCGAUGAAAUUACUUCGGUUGUUUAACAUCUUCCCUUCAGAUUUGCCUACAACUAGAAACUUUGAUAAUUUCUGCUAUUCUUUGCCAGAAUUGAAUGAUGAUCAAGAGUUCUGCCAUAAAAUGCAGGAUGUAUUCGACGCUGGCCUUCUCUACACUAUUAUCUCAGCGUUAGCGACGUUAUCGUUUGCAUGCUCCUCAUUAAUUUGCGCUCAAAAGAAAGUGAAUAGGAAACGUGUGGCCGGAGGAAUGAGAGCACCAGAUGGAGCGAGGCAUGAUGUGUCGAAGAUUUCCACAUUAAGAGGUUAUGAUGAUUUGGAAACAGCACUUACUCCACCACAUGGUCCAGCUCCAAAUGGUGACGGAAAUGGUCAAGACAACAACAACAACAACAACAACAACAACGAGAAGGAGUAUAGAGGCGAUCAGAAGGUCACGAAAACGAAGAUGAAAUCUAAAGACGAGAUGCCAGCAUCUAAGCCUUCCUCAAGGAAAACGGCGGCAGAAAAGAAGGAAACUGGAGCACAACGUAAAGAUAAAGUGGCGAUGGACAGACGAACUGUGCCCGAAAAGAACGAGAGAUUUUACUUCAAAACUGCUGAACCAGCUGAAUUUGACGACGCUAAUAAGUCACUUGCGCUUGCACCGGAACAGAGCAGCGGGGCAACUGAUAAAUCAAAAUUUAAAACCUUAGAAGUGCAGAAGACGAUCGGUGUGGAAGCUGAAAAUGUUGACUCGGAAAGAAUCGACGAUCGUCUCAGAAGCACGCAAAAUGGUGUAGACAAACUCACUGAAGCAUUUAGAAGAAAAAGAGAAGAAGUCCGCGUUUAA